GACUAGCUGGCUGUGUGUGUGCCUAUAGCCCCCUCUCUCUCACUCUCACAUACACACAGCAUACACAUGCUCCCUCACUUCUACGCACACACGCAGAGCUGAUCAGUGCAGGCAGCGCAGAGCCUGGUAAUUGUAUUGCUCCCUCCAAGUGGAAGGAAGGACCGAGAGAGAGGAAGAUCAGAGAAAGAAGAGGAAAGGAGAGAGAGGAGAGAUAUAAAAAACUAAACUUUGAUUUUUUGUUUUUUGUUUUUUUUGUUUUUUUAAUUUCUUGCCAUUUCCCCUGAGGAGGUUGACAUGACAAUGACCCGGUAUCGCCGAUGGAUUCGGUAGGACACCCGUUAUCUGAGUGUUUUUUAAUGCACUCUGAACAAGAAAUGAACUUAUCGAAGGGGCCAUUGGUGAACAGCAGCAGUGAAGAUAACCCCAAGUCAUCUUUUGGUAAAUGCGGCGCUGGCGCCUGGAGGAUGCACCAGAGCUACGAUCCACUGGAGGCCAACCACAUGAGAGACGCACAUGCCCUCUACAACCCCAGGCUUCUCUGCAGAAUGUCCAGUAAGGAGCGCCACCUUGAGUCCAGUUGUCCGUCCUCUUAUAUAAAGACUGAGCCGUCUAGUCCUGCCUCCCUGACUGAUAGUCUAAACCAUCACUCUCCUGGUGGCUCCAGUGACGCCUCAGGUUCAUAUUCGUCCACAAUGAACGGUCACCCCAAUGGCUUAGACUCCCCAAGCCUUUAUGGCUCCAGCGCAGGGCCCCUAGGACCUGCUGGUGGCCCUGGGUCAAAGCGUUACGAGGACUGUUCAUCAACUAUUGGGGAAGAUUCACAAAUUAAGUGCGAAUACAUGUUGAAUUCCAUGCCCAAGAGGUUGUGUCUCGUGUGCGGGGACAUUGCAUCCGGGUACCACUACGGAGUGGCAUCCUGUGAGGCCUGCAAGGCCUUCUUCAAACGUACCAUCCAAGGCAACAUUGAGUACAGCUGUCCAGCCACCAAUGAGUGCGAGAUCACCAAGAGGAGACGCAAGUCGUGCCAGGCCUGCCGCUUCAUGAAGUGUCUGACUGUCGGCAUGCUGAGGGAGGGUAAGGGAAAAGGUGUUCGUCUGGACAGGGUUCGUGGUGGAAGGCAGAAGUAUAAACGCCGGAUAGAUGCAGACAACAGCCCGUACCUGAACCCGCAGCUGGCUCUACCCCCCAAGAAACCAUUUGCCUUUGGCUGCCUUGCAGAUAACAAAAUCGUCUCUCACCUGCUGGUGGCCGAGCCAGAGAAGAUUUAUGCCAUGCCUGACCCAACAGUACCAGACAGCGACAUCAAGGCCCUGACUACGCUGUGUGACUUGGCGGACAGAGAACUGGUGGUCAACAUUGGUUGGGCUAAACAUAUUCCAGGUUUUUCCACGCUGUCUCUGGCAGACCAGAUGAGUCUCCUACAGAGUGCAUGGAUGGAAAUCCUGAUCCUACGCGUUGUCUACCGUUCACUGCCCUUUGAAGACAAGUUGGUGUAUGCCGAGGACUACAUAAUGGAUGAGGACCAGUCAAAAUUAGCUGGACUUCUGGACCUGAACAAUGCCAUCCUUCAGCUGGUUAAGAAAUACAAAACUAUGAAACUAGAGAAGGAGGAAUUUGUCACUCUCAAGGCCAUUGCUUUGGCUAACUCAGACUCCAUGCAUAUUGAAGAUGUGGAUGCAGUGCAGAAGCUCCAGGAUGUUCUCCAUGAGGCUCUGCAGGACUAUGAGGCUUCCCAGCAUCAGGAGGAUCCCCGCCGGGCGGGCAAGCUGCUCAUGACCCUCCCCUUGCUUCGCCAGACCUCCACCAAGGCUGUGCAGCACUUCUACAGCAUCAAGCAGGAUGGCAAAGUCCCAAUGCACAAACUAUUCUUGGAGCUGCUGGAAGCCAAGGUCUGAGAACAGGGAUUAGAUGGAAGGAUGACUUGAGUCUGAACCAGCUGGGCUUCAACUGGAACUAUGAACAGUAACUUUGAAUGACCUCUUGCUCUUUUACACACACUCUCACACACAUGCACACACAUACACACACACACACACACACACACACACACACACAGAAAUAUGAAGUUUGUCUGCUGACACAUCUCGCUAUAAAUAAAGAAGAUAUCCAAACCUUCUACCUGAACUCAAAACACCAUGUCUUUGACAAAAGGGUGUUGACUUGAUGAUCUUUUGGGGGAAAGAGGGUGACAGAUUGUGUAAUUCCCAUUUACCAACAGAAGAAGAGAUUUGCUAACAGUGGCUUAAAAGGUCCCACAGUGACUCCAAACACUGAUGAUGACAAAACACUUAUGCAGUUAAUAACAAUUGGGAUGUUAUUAAUGACAAACGCUUAAAUGAGGACACCUUUAAAAGAAACUGAAAAGUCUUCAUUUUAGUUCUGAGAGACUGUAAGACUGCACUCGUGUCUCCUUCCCCCUCCUAUUUCCCUCAGAGUUUUUUAGUGUUCAAGAAGACAACGAGUGGAAAAGAUGAACACUUAGGAGGUAUUAAUGACAUUUUCCUUGUACAUGUACAAUGAAAUUUGAAUCAAUGGACAGAAAGAAAAGAAGAGGAGAUUUGCCCUGCCAAAGAAUGGAAUCAUCCAUUCAGAGGAUGCCAGCAAACUUUACUGUCAUAACCCAAAACUGUUUCUGUUUUGAUGUGCCAGUGGUUUUCAGUCCUGGGCCUCAAGAGUAUCGCUGGUUCUCUCUUCCAACAAUUAUUUCAUUUUUUUUCCUGGGUAUUAUCAAAACCAGCAGGGCUUAGGGUUUUAAGGAACAGGAUUGGAAACAACUGCUUUAAACUCUUUCUGGUUCUCCCUAAAUUCAAUUCCUGGUUUCCCAUGACUCCCCUACUUCAACUGUACCUUUACUGUUUGCUGUAUUUGCUAAGGAUUCGCCAUCCUGGCCUCUCAGACCUGUCAGUUUUGCCAUAGUAUCAAUGUCUGUACACUUGGCAAAGCUUAAAAUGGUUUCAGAUAUUCUAACCACAUGAGGUGUGACUGAUUGACAGAGUUCAUAAGUAGAAAUAUGACUUCUUACUUACUAACAGCAAAAUAAGACUCGAUCUAUACUGUCAAGACUGCAACCAUGCUUGGCUAACAAACAGAUGUGGGCUGAGUUCACAUUCUGCGUUAUACUGUAUAUAUUCUGUCAAAAACGCCUCUUGUGUUCAGAUUUGUAUUUGAACCAUUUUUAGCAGUUUUGUGGCCCCGAUUUGCAGCUCUUCACAUACCAAUCAGUAGGGAUUAAAGUCUGUCAAUGUGCCAUUAGGAGUAGUCCAACCCAUGCUCAUUAGCCAAUUUCCAAAACCUCCAAAUUUCACCUUUGUAUUACCCUCUUUGCCCUGUUGUGUUUGCAAUUUUCAGCUCAUCUCCUGCGUCAGUACAGAAAUAUUUUUGUGACUCAUUCAGGGAGCGUAGGGGGAGCCUCAGUCACUCGACGCAGUUUAAACCAGAAGGAAAGGUGUGCUGACAAAACUGACUGAAGAACAACUAUUGUUACUUUAAAUUUCCUCAAUUUUUUUUCUUAAUUUCUACUUUGAAAAUAAUCUUAGCGAUGAUACAGAUAUUAGGGUUGUAAAUAAUUGUCAUCCUGUAUAUGACAUAUAACAUGGCUUUGUUUUUGUUAUUAAUAUUGUCUUCUUAAAACUGAAUCAAUCAAUAUGUCUUUCCUUUUUUCUAUCAGCUUGACCACUUUCAGCAAUUAUCAUAUAUAUAUAAAUAUAACAAGUAAUAAUGUAUUAACAAAUCAGCGUUUAUCUUAGAAACUCUGAGCAAUAGUGGUUUUUAAAGGAGGGGUUUGUGCAUAUGGACUAAGUCUGCAAUAUUAACAUUACAUGCCAGUCUUAAAUUAGGGAGAAAGAGGAUGAGGAUUUGCAGGAGAAUGUGUAGCUUCUCCUUCUCUCUGUGUAACUUGCCAUAAGCUAUUAGAUAACAGUCACUGGGCAUUUCCUUUUAUGACAGUUAGGCAGAAAAAUAUGAAUCAGGAAUGUUGAGAUCAAAUGUUACUGGUGUUCUCACAUAAAAGCUGUGUAAAUGUGGUAACGGGGAGAACUAAAAACAAAAAAGAUCCAGCAUCCAGUUUGCAGUUAUCACUUUCUGAGGUUUGCACCUUCCAUGGUACCAGGCUCUUUUUGCAGUGACAUUUGAUCUGAUUGAAGUAGGACGAUGCUUCUAUUGAAACAAACUGUUAAAUAGUACACAACUUUCUCUCAUUUGCAACUUGAGGUGCAUUUCUUUUGGCCGUGUGACUGAGUGUGGGGACCAUAAGAAUAACUUGACUAAAUUUAAAAUCUGUGCUGAGGGGUAAUGGUGCUUGCAAAAAUCAAAAUGUCCUGUUACCUCACUGUCCCCUUUCCUGAAACACUUGAUUUAUUUUUUUAUUUUUUAUUUUUUUUGAGGAGUUGAAAUUGUUAAGGCUUUUAUCCUAUUCUACCACACACCAUCUGAAGUAGUACAAUUACCAUAUUGUGCAAUUAAAAUCAACUUCUGUAGAAAUUAAUCACGGGACAUUAAUUACCUCAGCUCAACUGUAGCUUUAACAGGCUUAAAAUAAUAAUUCACAUAAUUUGACACUGAUUUGUCAACAGCAGUACUGUUGCUUGUUAAAAUUCAGAUACUUUCUCCAGGAACAGAAAUUGGAAAAGCUGAGCUGACAGGCAGCCGUCUUACAUUUUAGAGUCAAAUGAAGAGACCCUGAUUUUGCGGUUACAGUAAAAUUGCAUUAUGUGUGGUUGAGUUAUUGCAGCUUUAACAGGUAAAAAGUUGAUGGAUUUUUUUUUAAAUAUAUAUAUGUAUUGAUGCACUUUCUAAAGCCGAGUGAGGAUGCCAAAAUGUGUAUUCCUGAUGACAGUGUAAUCUAAUAUAAAAUGGCAACUUGUCACAGCGGAGGAGUGCUGCAGUUUAAAUGUAGUUGAUCUCUAACUUCACACACUCAGUAUCAACCAUCAGUAUUAUUAGUAAGGGGUAUUUUCUCAGCCUUCUUAAACAUUGUAUAUUGUAAAUUAUGCAGAUUAUAAUUCUAACAUAAGACAUUUUAUUGGACACAAAAAUCAAGGAAAAAAAAGAAAAAAUGUAGUUCAACCUGUGUGUUUCAUGUUUGCUGUUUUUUCUAUCAAGAAAAAAAUCUCUCUUUAGUUCAUCUGUUUUUUCUUUUAGGUCUUUUUUUUUUAUGUUUGAACUUUUCCUCCUCUGUUGAGUCCUCUGAGGCGUUGCUGUGUACUUUUUCUUGUGGUGAUUCCCGUUCUUGUGCCGUGUGCUUCUUCUUUAGACAACACAGAGUAGAGUAGAGGCCAUGUUGUCUGUCUGUCUGUCGGAUCAGUCCGCUGGGGGUCUGGGCACCGGAUUCUCUCACAAUGAACCGAACCGUAUAUAAGGCUCUUCUUCUAGAAAUUUUACUAGACCACCAGGAUCAAAUUACAGUAUCCAUCUUUACCAAACUAUACAUAAAUAAUUAAAUAUUUAGUAUCUAAAUGAAGAAACACCUUAACAAGUAUUUAAAAAGGGAUCAUUUGUGUAACUUUCCUGUAGAUUGAACAGUAUAUUGUAUAUCUUUAGGUUAAAUAAAGCUGAAAUGAAAAGGACAUUUGAGUAUUUCAGAACUGUAGGUGACUCUUUUUUGAUAAACUCGCUGUACAUAACUGCCUUCCAUACAGCUCAGCUCAGUCAUUAUCUUUACUGUUUCAGCAGGUGAAAAGAGAAAAUACUAGGCAGAUUUUUUUUUUUUUGGCCCCGUUUCCUGGAAAAUAUCUUGCUUUACAAUAAACAGUGAAAGCUUUUUGUGGAUUGAUGGGAAAGAAAUGUUUUGGUUUUUUUUAAAUGCGGGUCGUGUUUAAUUUGCACUUGCUGCUUCUCUACGCCAUAUAUUCAUUACACUGUCGGGGACCUGGUUCUGCAAAAUUCAUAUUUAAACUCAACUUUUCCCCAACUUUAAAUAACAUGUGAUUGCUGUACCUGUUAAUACAAAUUUGUGGAUCCAUACGCUGUGAUACAAGCACCACGACUUCAAAUAUUCUAGUGUUCAUCCAAGGUUUUAACAGCUUUUGUAGAGGAUGAAUAUACAGGAGAAAAAAAAAGGUUUCACGGGUGAAUACAUAUUUUUAGGUCAAGCUUCCAAUUGCAUAAUGGAAUAUGUAUCUUGAUUGUAACUUAGGACAGUGUCCCACUGUAAAAGGGAUGGCAUUCAUUGCCGCCUGCUGUACAUUAUUCUACACACAACAUAUGGAAGAAAGGUGCUCUUUUCUUACUGUUAUUUUCUGUUACUGUUUUCUAUUACUAUUUAUUUAUUUGUCAGUUGCCCCAAAAUUGUGUGUACUCCUGAAACGAUUCACCAAGAAAGAUGUGUGACUUGUCAAGUGAUCAGUGCAGAGCUGAAUCUGGUUAAUAGCCGUGUUUGACAUUGGAACUGAAAAUGGUUCACAACGAUGCCACUUUAUUUUUGCUCACUGCUGUCAUUUCAGAUGACUAUAAAGCUGAAUUUGGCCAGCAAAAAUCUGGAAAGGAGAUUGUAUGUUUCUUUCAGAGGUUUUGAUGUAACCUGCUGCUCAUAGCCGCAAUAUUAUUUAAAUGCACAUUUUUUUUCUUGUUAAAAAGCAAUAUUUUGAAGACUGUACAAUGAUGAGGCAAGUGUUGCACAUGUUUCUGUUGGAUCAUUGAUCCGAAUACUAAAAUAAUCUCUUGGAAUGAUUCUGUCUUUAGUGUACAAAACUAAAGGAAAGGCAAAUGAAGGAUUGUGUGGGUUUUUGCAGAGCCCCUGAUGCAAAUAGUUUGAGCUGUUUUCACUUAGGGCAUCAUGUUAUUCCUAUAAUUUGGAUCAAUUAGCUGCAAACUCUUCAUGUAACAGUAGUUUAGCUGGAACAGAACGAUGGCUUAUUGAGCCUCAGUAACAAAGCAGGUUUGUCCACUUUCCAUGGCUGCCCCUGAAAACUGCUAAGGCCAAGCAGUGUUUAUCUACAGCUCUACAGUGUAUGGUUAUUUAGUUGUAGUUAAUCCCCAGGUGUGACUGCCACCUGUGCUGCAGCUUACCUUGCAGCCUGAAUUUGCAAAUAUGAAGAAUAUAUUUAAGAAAGGGAGAAAGUUUGGGAACACUUGGAUAAAAGGCAUAAUUAAGGACAAAAAGACCCUUGAGUGGGGAAGAAGAGUUGAUGAAAGACGUCCCUGUAGUGUUAUUAAAAACAUGUCUGUAGGUUUUUAGAUGUGCUUCACAUCAGUAAAUGAGAAAAAAAAAAAAGAAACAAUUACCUGUAUAUUUUUGUGAUGUGUAUCAUACAAGUGUGCUCAAACAAUAAUGUCCAUUCGUGUAAAUGUAUUUAUUUCACAUUGUAUAUAUGUUCAAUGCAAAAGAGAGACCUAUGAUUCUGUAACUUAAACUACUAUGGGUUAAAACAUUACAUGUGUUACUCCAGACUAUGCCUUUCAGGAUUAUUACAGUAGAGCAAUAUCAAUUAAAAACCAGGCUUCCAGUUUUGAAA